AAAGCUGCCAUCUGUCCUUUGAGCUGGGGUUAAUACUGUCACCACCUUGAUGGAAAACAAGAAGGCUCAGCUGGUAGUGAUUGCACAUGAUGUGGAUCCCAUUAAGCUGUGUGUCUUCGUGCCUGCCCUGUGUGGGAAGAUGGAGGAUCCCUACUGCAUCAUCAAGAGGAAGACCAGGUUGGGGCCUCGCAUCCACAGGAAGACCUGCACCACUGUCGUCUUCACACAGGUUAACCCAGAAGACAAAGGAGCUCAGGCUAAGCUGGUAGAAGCUAUCAGGACCAAUUACAAUGACAGAUCUGAUAAGAUCUGCCAUCACUGGGGAGGCAACAUGCUGGGUCCAAAGUUUGUGGUUUGCAUUGCCAAGCUGGAAAAGGCAAAGGCUGAAGAACUACCCACAAAACUGGGCUAA